AGCAGAAGAAACAAUGUUUACUUGUCAUUGUCAUCACGGAAUGAAUUAUCUUGUAAAAUUACAAUAGUCGUGAGAUGUUUAUGAAUGUUCUAAGUUCGUUCAAACUUGAAAAACGGAACCAGAUAUUGUAAAUUGUGAUUGAUACAAGAGUUUAGAUGUUCGUGUUUCGGCUGUGAAACACCAGGAAUAAGUUUUGUUGUGUCAGUCAAAAAUUGUGUCGAAAUUUGUAGGUCAAGGAGGUGUAGUGCUGCUUGAUUAAACUUUAUAACUAUGUACGGUAUAUACGCUGCACUAUCACGAUUUACCUCAGCCGUCGUGAGCACCUGCGGUUAAUUUGAGCCCGUAUUGCUACUGUUGUUGAAACAGCGAAGACAAAAGAAUAUCUACGAGUGUUCAACUAAGAGUUGAAUUUACCUCGAGCAGAACAAAAAGAAUAUCGAUUUGGUGAUAUAUCCAACACUUGAAAACAGCAAUAUGUGUGCUGAUCAAAUAUGUAAUCAUAAAUUAUGAAAUGCAUGUAACGACGAUGAACGAUUCAAUGGCGCAACAUAGCCGUGGUGAGCUUACAUAAUUCUGUGUUAAUGUUUUUGCGAAGUUUACUUGAGGUGUUUUCUUGGAAAAAAUAAAUAAUAAGACAAGACGACGGGCCUCAAAACGGUUCAACGAUGGCUCGCAACGGAAAUAAAUGCCCUCAUCUCGAUAACAUUGUCCAGCUGUCUCUGGUGGAAUUGUGCAAGCUUAAAAAGGGUGAGCCGUGCACGGAAUGCGAGGCCAACGGACCCAAUUUAUGGAUAUGUUUGCAGAAAAACUGUCUACACAUCGGUUGUCCGGAACAGUACAACGACCAUAGUACAACUCAUUUCCAAUCCAAUCGUAACCACUGCAUUCACAUGAACCUUUCGUCCCAACGCAUUUGGUGCUACCUGUGCGAGUUCGAGGUGUUCCUGUUGCAGCAGCAGCAACAGCAGCAAUUGAGAAGAACCUCGAUAGUGAGUAACGAUUCCAGCGAUGCCAGCCGGUACUCGAAUAACAACGAAAAAUUGCUAAUGUAUGGGGCCGGUGGUGGCGAAUCCUGUGAAAGUAGCUGCGAGGAGGAUGACUUCGAACGGCAUGGUAAAUGGAAUGGACUGGUUGGAUUGCAAAAUAUCGCAAACACGUGCUACAUGAAUGCAGCUAUUCAGGCUCUAAGCAACAGUCCCCCGUUGACGGGUUAUUUCCUGGACUGUGGAUCGAUAAUUGACACGGAUCUCCUUGGAAAUCAAGCGGCAUCAAAGCCAGGUCUAGCGAAGCAUUAUCAUAAAUUGAUAAAAGGGAUGUGGUGUAAAAACCGACGGUAUGUUGUACCAAGCGGAAUUUUGUACGGAAUACGCAUAGUGCAUCCAAUGUUCCGCGGCUAUCAGCAGCACGAUACACAGGAAUUUCUUCGUUGUUUCAUGGAUCAAUUACAUGAGGAGCUAAAGGAAGUAAUUCAACCGCCUCCUGAAUUGCUGUCGCUGCAAGGGAGGGACAAUAUGAACACUAAUGAUCAAUCUCCUUGCCCGUCUCCAUCACCUUCCCAGUCGGAAGCAGAGUAUGAAACAUGCGACAGCGGCGUUUCGGAACAGUCGAGCUUAUCUGAUGAAAUAUCUGUGAACAGCAAACGCAACAGGAAGCUGUCGAGAUCACCUAGUCCCACCACAAGCCAAAGAAACAUGUCGUUCAACAGCCGGCAGCAGUCGCCAAUCGGAGGUAAUCGUAGCAAUUCGAGCGGUACCGGCAGCAUGAUAUCAAUGCAACAACAGCCGUGUGCAAGCAAUGAUUCUCAGCAGCAUAAGACUGCGAAAGAGAAGUUGCCAGAGCGAUCAAUUAUUAGUGAUAUAUUCGAUGGGAAGCUGUUGUCAUCGGUACAGUGUUUGACCUGCGAUCGCAUUUCGACUCGCGAAGAAACAUUCCAGGAUUUGUCGUUACCCAUUCCAGGGAAGGAUCAUCUUGCCGUGCUACACCAAAACCAUCCAUCAAUGCCAGGAAAUGCUCACUCGUCGCCGGUCAGCAGCGGUGGCGGAGGCGGUGGUAUAACGUGUUCGGAUGCGGUUUAUCCAGUGACGGGCGAUAGUUGGAUUUGGUGGUUCUGGAAUUGGCCAUUGUGGAGUUGGGUUCGAUCGUGGUUCUGGGGACCAGCCGUUACUCUGCAUGAUUGUAUGGCGGCGUUCUUCAGCGCAGACGAACUGAAAGGAGACAACAUGUACAGCUGUGAAAAGUGCAAUAAACUUCGUAAUGGUGUAAAAUAUUCCCGUGUUCUUGAGUUACCGGAAAUGUUGUGUGUUCAUUUGAAACGUUUUCGUCAUGAUUUGUCGUACAGUUCGAAAAUUUCGAGCCCCGUGAAUUUCCCUCUACAUGGACUUGAUAUGCGACCCUAUUUACACAAAGAUUGCAAAUCGGAAGUAACUUCCUACGAUCUUUGCGCGGUCAUUUGUCAUCAUGGGACGGUAGGCGGAGGACAUUAUACCAGUUUUGCUAAACAUGAUCCCACCGGGAAGUGGUUUGAGUUCGACGAUCAGUUGGUAACGCAGGUCAGCGCGGAGGAUGUUCAAAAUUGUGAGGCUUAUGUGUUGUUUUACCGUAAGAACAAUUUAAAAAUGAUCACCAUCCGGGCCCAAGCAAGCGACCUUAUCAGCGUACAAGAGCAUGCGUCCGAUAUCCGUUUCUAUGUGUCUCGUAAUUGGUUGCAUAGGUUCAAUACAUUCGCGGAGCCUGGACCUAUUGAUAAUUGGACGUUGCUCUGCCCACAUGGAGCAUUUCCUCCGAGCAAAGCUCCAUACUUUUCGAAAUUGGUGGUGCCAAUUCCGCAAACGUUGUGGGAUUUCCUGUACAAAAAAUUUGGCGGUGGCCCUGUUUGCAACCACAUCUUUCCCUGUCAUAUCUGCAAGAAAGCUGCAGAGUCGUUAACCAAAAGGCAACGAGCAGAACUGGAAGCAUUUACCGCUUGUAAUGAUGAGUAUCAGAAUAAUGAUACUCCCACCACAAUCUAUGCGAUUUCUAUGGGGUGGUUCCGCCAAUGGCAACUGUUUGCACGGGGAGUAACCACCGACGAACCUGGUCCGAUUGAUAACAAAUCCAUCGCAAUUCCCGGAGAUACGAGCAUUCCAUUGCGUAAUGUUCGUCAAGGGUCGGACUAUGCUCAGAUCAAUUCAGCACUUUGGCAUUUCUUCUACGGCAUUUACGGAGGUGGCCCGGAAAUCAUUCUUCGCGGCAACCCCAUUCCAGCACCAGAACCGAAAAUGCAGAAAAAUGUGAAGGAACGAGAAACGGAACCAAUGGACAUAGCUGAAGUGACUUCAACGUCAAAGACGACCUCUACAACGGUGAAAGAUUCCGUGCUGGAUGUAACGAUUGAUGAUCAAUCAAGUGGGUCCACUUUGCUAUCCCCAAAACCCCAGAAGAGUGUAUCUUUCGAUGAUAACGAAAGUUAUAUCGAGAACAACGGGGAAUACAACGACUCAUCUCGUGCGGUGCAGCAAAAGCGGAAGCAAAUGAAGCACCAACAGAAAGAGCUACCAAAGGAGUCCAGCAAAAAAUCUGAAGCGGAAGCUUCGGAUGGAAUCAUCACCUAUCUGCGACGGCAACACCUCAAGCAUCAACAGCAAGUUGUCGCUGACGAGGGACCGACAGUGGAAUCGCUAGAGAUAGGAAGCAAGAAGGAUAGACGACAUCGCUCAGGAAUGAAAUCGAGCGGACUAUUCGGACCGGAAGGUAAAUACCAAACUGCUAAUUUCGAUACCAGCACCAACACCAACACCAUACCGCGGGCCGGUUCGUUCACGCAAACAAGUGCCACGGCAAAGGCGUUGAACAACAGCCUGGGUAGCCCAAAUUUCGCGACAGUUUUUUCGAAAUCUGCUGAUGGAUUGAUUGAUCCUUCCUCAACUACUAUCAACAACGAAUCCGUUGGGAGCACAUCAAAGUCCAUCGAUGAGAUUAUGCCACUGCUUCACCAAAACACCAUCAGCAGUAGUCACACAGUGGAUGAGGAUGACGGUGACGAGAGUGACGGCGCUGUUGAACCUCGAUCACCAAAAGAGCGCUCUCACCAUGAAGGAAAGAAGGGUCACCAUAAAACAAGUUUAGCUACAUCUAGUGCCACGGAAAGUGGUCAGAAUGAUCGUGGAAUGAUGUCAUUCAGCAGGAAGAAACUGAAAUCGAAGUACAUGAAGAAUAAAGCCUCCAAAGCUGGAGUGGUCUUCGAUGGUGUCAAUGGACAACUCUCGUCAGCAACCGCCAAUGGAACUAAUGCCAGUGAUAGCGAGAAAUGAGUAAAGAAGACGUUCCGUCGUUUUCGCUUUUUGUCGUUUUCGUGAUAACAUGUUCUUAAUUUUAGAAUUUUUCACCGCGAAAGCUUGAUAAAAAUAGUCAACACUUGGGUAAAGCAUUAUCGUAUUUUUGUUUUCGUUGAGGGUCAAUGUUUUUAUUUCGUUUUGGUGAAAGGGAUUUCCAUGCCAUGGCCGUGAAAAAAAUUGUUAUAAUUUUAAUGUUAAUUGAGUAUAUGUUUAAAUCUAAGGUAAUCCGUGAAGGAGAAUGAAGCGAUGGAUUCGCAUGCAAAUAACGUAUUUACGAGGACGCUGAACAUUUCUCCUUGUUUCAAAAGCAAAUUAACCGACAAUUUUCUUCGAGGAAUGAAAAACUGAGAACAAAGCUCCAUGUAAGAUAUACCUUUUCUUUAAAAUUAAAAACAAAUUACAUAGAAAAAAAACGCCGAAAUAAUUCUUUCUGAUCACAACAUAUUCGAUUAUCGCAUUCAAGUAGGAGCAAUUAAAAUAAUAAUGCCAAUUUCGAAAUCUACUUAUCGAUAUCAGAAGCAUAAUAAACAAUUUAUCCCUGAGUGAUACAGCAAACAGAAAUGAGAGAUAUAUUUAAUUGUAAUAGACCAAUUUUCAAACUUGUAUUGAAUCCCAGAGGUAUGUAACAUAA